AAAACAGUCCGGCUCAUUUGUUUUAUUCACAUUAUAUUAUAUUAAAAUAUCCGAAAUUUCAAGACUACAAUAGCUAUUUGAAGUUGGGGGUUUAUAUUAGGGUUUUGACAGUCGAUGCAAUCUCUCUCUCUUUCCUUCCGUAGCAGGACUCGCGUCUGCGAAUUCUUGUAUUUCCUCUGAAUUGAUUGUUUUGCUACCAAUUAUUACCUCUCUUAUUUGCACUAUCGCCAUUUUCAUCGAAUAAAAUACACACAUGGCGGCAGAGGAGGCGGCCCCAGCGGCUCUGAAUUACAUACCGGAGGUAGUGCUGAAGAAGAGGAAGACCAAUGAUCAGUGGGCAGUUAGAAGAAAACUCCAGCAGCAGGAGAGGGCUAAGCGUCUGAAAACCGGUAAUUUUAUCAUAAAAAAGCCCGAGCAAUUCAUUCGAGAAUAUCGCGAUAAGGAAUUGGACAUAGUUCAAAUGAAGAGUAGGGGGAAGCAAAUCAGACCCGCAUCGGUGACACCCGAAUCCAAUCUUCUAUUUGUCAUUCGCAUACGAGGAAAAAAUGACAUGCAUCCAAAAACCCGAAAGAUUCUGUAUUCUUUGAGAUUGAGGAAAAUACGCACUGGAGUUUUUGUGAAAGCCAGUGCAGGAAUGAUGGAAAUGUUACAAAAGGUGGAGCCGUACGUAACUUAUGGAUAUCCCAAUGUGAAGAGCGUGAAGGACUUGAUUUACAAGAAAGGUGUGGUGAGAGUUGGCAAGGAGAGGAUUCCUUUGACUGAUAACAAUAUUGUGGAACAGGAAUUGGGUAAGCAUAACAUCAUUUGCAUAGAAGACAUUGUGAAUGAAGUUGUUAGUGUUGGUUCCCAUUUCAAGGCAGUCAACAGUUUCCUCUGCCCCUUUGUGCUGAACAACCCGGAAAAGGCCUUGCAAGGAAAGAAGAAAAGGUUUGAAGAUGGAGGAGAUUCUGGAAAUAGGAAGGAUCAGAUAAAUGAGUUGAUCAGCAAGAUGAAUUAACAUAAGAAAUCUAGAUUUUUCUGAGAUGAAGUAGCAUAAGAAAAUGGUGGUGGUUCUUAAACUUGGAACUGAUUUAAUUUUGAGUCUUUGUUUUUGAUCUUGAUAAAGUCUCAUGCUUUGCCUCUGUUUGGCAGCUAAUGAUUUUGUGUAAGUGAACUUCAUUCUGUUGUGAGUUUUAUCGGUUAGAACCUUGUAUGGAAUCACAAUGCAACUUUGAUACAAAA